CGACCACCGCCUCCACCGCCCACUAGCCCCGCGCUUCGCUCUUGAUCCAACCCGGCCACCGUCGUUCUCGGAACGCUCGCUCGUGACCCGGAAGCGCAUUCUCCCUAGCAACUGCGGGUCUGCGGCGGCGCCGGCCUCCGGGGAGCGACGCUCGUGACAACUGAGCUGCUCAAGGCAGGAAGAACUCUGAGCUGAAUAGUAGUGGGUCCCUGAAUCUGAAGAGACGAGGCCACCUUGGAACCAGUAAUGAACCAUCCUGACUACAAGCUGAAUCUUCGGUCUCCAGGGACCCCCAAAGGUGUGUCCUCUGUGGUUGGCCCGAAUGCUGUUGGUGCUUCGCCAGGUGACAAAAAGUCAAAGAACAAGUCCAUGCGAGGGAAGAAAAAGAGCAUAUUUGAAACCUACAUGUCCAAGAAGGAUGUUUCAGAAGGCUUGAAGAGAGGAACGCUUAUCCAGGGUGUAUUGAGAAUCAAUCCAAAGAAGUUUCAUGAAGCCUUCAUUCCUUCUCCGGAUGGUGAUCGGGACAUUUUUAUUGAUGGAGUUAUUGCUCGUAAUAGAGCCUUAAAUGGGGACCUUGUGGUUGUAAAACUGCUUCCUGAGGACCAGUGGAAGGCAGUUAAACCAGAAAGCAAUGACAAAGAAACAGAAGCUACGUAUGAAGCUGACAUCCCUGAGGAGUGCUGUGGACAUCAGCCCCUGCAGCAGUCCCCUAAAGGCUGGAGUGGUCCUGAUGUCAUUAUAGAGGCUCAGUUUGAUGACAGCGACUCAGAAGAUAGACAUGGCAACACCAGUGGGCUGGUUGACGGUGUUAAGAAAUUGUCAAUUUAUACUCCUGACAAAGGAAAAGAAGAUUCUAGUGCUCCAGUUAUGAAAGAUGAGAACACACCCACAUCACAGGACACAAGAGCCUUAUCAGAGAAGUCACUCCAGAAGUCAGCAAAGGUGGUUUACAUCUUGGAGAAAAAGCAUUCCAGAGCAGCAACCGGCAUCCUGAAACUCUUGGCCGAUAAGAACAGUGACCUAUUUAAGAAAUAUGCCCUGUUUUCUCCUUCAGACCACCGAGUACCUAGAAUUUAUGUACCUCUCAAGGACUGUCCCCAGGACUUCAUGACUCGACCUAAAGACUAUGCCAACACACUGUUCAUCUGCCGCAUCAUAGACUGGAAGGAGGACUGUAAUUUUGCCCUGGGGCAGCUGGCUAAGAGUCUUGGGCAGGCUGGUGAAAUCGAGCCUGAAACAGAAGGGAUCCUAACAGAAUAUGGUGUGGACUUCUCUGAUUUCUCUUCAGAAGUUCUUGAAUGUCUCCCUCAAAGUCUGCCCUGGACAAUUCCACCUGAUGAAGUGGGCAAGAGAAGAGACCUAAGAAAAGACUGUAUCUUCACCAUUGACCCAUCAACUGCUCGAGACCUUGAUGACGCCCUCUCUUGCAGGCGGCUUACUGACGGCACCUUCGAAGUGGGUGUCCACAUCGCCGAUGUGAGUUACUUCGUUCCUGAGGGGUCCUCUUUGGAUAAGGUAGCUGCCGAGAGAGCCACAAGUGUCUACUUGGUCCAGAAGGUGGUCCCCAUGCUUCCCAGGCUUCUGUGUGAGGAACUCUGCAGCCUCAACCCCAUGACUGACAAGCUGACCUUCUCUGUGAUCUGGAAGCUGACCCCUGAAGGCAAGAUCCUUGAGGAGUGGUUUGGCCGCACUAUCAUCUGUUCUUGCACCAAAUUGAGCUAUGAUCAUGCCCAGAGCAUGAUCGAAAAACCAACUGAGAAGAUCCCCAAGGAAGAGCUUCCCCCUAUUUCUCCAGAGCACAGCAUCGAGGAGGUGCACCAGGCAGUCCUGAACCUGCACAGCAUUGCAAAGCAACUACGCCUCCAGCGCUUUGUAGAUGGUGCACUUCGUUUAGAUCAGCUGAAGCUCGCAUUUACUCUGGACCAUGAGACUGGAUUGCCUCAAGGAUGCCAUAUCUAUGAGUACCGAGACAGCAACAAGCUUGUAGAGGAGUUCAUGCUCCUGGCCAACAUGGCAGUGGCCCACAAGAUCUUCCGCACCUUCCCUGAGCAGGCCCUGCUGCGCCGGCAUCCCCCACCACAGACGAAGAUGCUCAGUGACCUGGUGGAGUUCUGUGACCAGAUGGGGCUGCCCAUGGAUGUCAGCUCUGCAGGGGCCCUAAAUAAAAGCCUGACUAAAACAUUUGGAGAUGACAAGUACUCUCUGGCCCGGAAAGAAGUGCUUACCAACAUGUACUCCCGGCCCAUGCAGAUGGCACUGUACUUCUGCUCUGGGAUGCUGCAGGACCAGGCACAGUUCCGGCAUUAUGCUCUCAACGUUCCCCUCUACACACACUUCACCUCUCCCAUCCGCCGCUUUGCUGACGUCAUAGUGCACCGCCUCCUGGCUGCUGCUCUGGGAUACAGUGAACAGCCAGAUGUGGAGCCUGAUACCCUACAGAAGCAAGCUGACCACUGCAAUGACCGUCGCAUGGCUUCCAAGCGUGUGCAGGAACUCAGUAUCGGCCUCUUCUUCGCAGUUCUAGUAAAGGAGAGCGGCCCCCUGGAGUCUGAAGCCAUGGUGAUGGGUGUCCUGAAUCAAGCUUUUGACGUGCUGGUGCUGCGUUUUGGGGUGCAGAAGCGCAUCUACUGCAACGCACUGGCUCUGCGAUCCUACCACUUCCAGAAGGUGGGAAAGAAGCCAGAACUUACUCUGGUUUGGGAGCCUGAUGACCUUGAAGAGGAGCCAACACAGCAGGUCAUCACCAUCUUCAGCCUGGUGGAUGUGGUCCUGCAGGCAGAGGCCACAGCUCUCAAGUACAGUGCUAUCCUGAAGCGACCAGGCCCCGAGCAGUCCCAGGACCUGGAGAAGGAGUCUGAUGAGGAGCCUGAGGACUGAAUGCUAGCCCAAGCCAGGCCUGUGCCUGCCCUACCCUGCUGGCUUUUAGGAAUAGGACCUUUUGACACCAAAGGGGAUUUUUAAUUUGGUUUUUAAUAACUCAGGGUUUUUUUUUUUUUCAUUUUAUUUUACUUUUGCAGCUCAGUUUUUAAAUGAACUGGAAGGUUAGGGGUCAGGGCAGGGAAUGCUGAGACCUAACCAGUACUUCCCUGAGCAAAGAGAAUCCCAGUCCUCCUGGGCAGGCAGCCGCGCUUCUACCAGGCGACCCACUGCCCUUCCCUGCCCAGGAAAUGGGGGGUUUCAGCAAAUCAGUGUCAUGGAAUAAAAUCAAGUGUGAAUUGC